UUAAGUUCAAUUAUCGCCGCAAAAUCCAAUUAUUAGCAAUCCGUAAACGAAUAUUUAUUCAUAUAAACAUGAAAUAUACACGAAUAAAGAGAAUAUGUUCCAAAGAGGCAAAAAAAAUCAAGUGUAACAAUUUCGCCAUCAAUGGCUCUUUAUUCUUCCCUUAAUUCUUCCAAUGCACUUGUUCAAUGCUCCCGCCAAAAUUCCAACAUUCAAUCAUCUUUUCUUGUGCGCCCCUUCUCUUUUCCUGUGCGGUCACCACCGAAUACAGUCUCUCUCCUCAUUUCUCACUCUUCGAGCGCACCCACCUCAGAAAUAUGUUUACCUGAUCCUAUUCCAGAAUUUGCAGAAGCUGAAACGCAGAAGUUCAAGAUUGAGUUAAAAACAACAUUGUUGAAAGAUGAAGAUGCAUUAGGGGAUGAGCUUGACCGGGUUGUUGAUGUUUGUGCCAAGGUAGAAUACUUCUCGUGGCAAAUAUUAACUGAUUGGACAAGGGCCGCGCGAACGCAGGCCCCCACUAUCACAAAUUAUGACGUACACUCUUCCUCUUGGGAAGAUGUUAGGCAGGCACCCCUCCAAAGUGCAAUGGGGGCCACCUACCUAGGCCAUGAGCCUUGUUGAUCGCACAUUGACCUCGUCCAGAUUCUGAUUGUGGAGAGGAAGCUGUAAAAUUCUGCGUAGGUUGUAAAAGAUUGGGACUGAAUAGAGGGUGCUACAUCUUCAUAUAUAGAGGGAAGGAAAACCUGUGGUUCAAAAGAAAGGCACAGCAGUAAGCAAAGAGGCAUGGGCAAAACAGCAAAUCAACUAUUCAGAAUAGUGUUUUAUUGUCCUUGUAGCAGGUGAAGGCUUGUAUUACCAUGUCCUAACACUAUUUAAACCAUACUUUGCUAUGUAAAAACGUGUUGCCUUAAACUUUAAGAGGGAAAUCUUUACCACGUACAGCUGAUUUUAAGGACUACAAUAUAAAAGGAUACAUACCUCUCUAAUGGGUAUGACCAUGUACUGUGGUCUGCUGGUUUUUUAUUUCCUGAGAAAAAAA